CGCAGCUCCGCGGGGAGCCAGGUGUCGCUGUGGUCCUCUGCAGCUGGGCCGGCGCCGCGCUCUUCUGCCUCUUGGGUUCCAGAAACACCCCGCCUAAAUCCGGCGGACCCCGCCCCGGCUCUCCGCCUUCCUUCCAGGUCCUUCUGAAAAUGCAUUUAUCGAGGACUUGACAGAGAGAGGCCGGCACAGAACUCCACAAAGGUGUGCUGCACGGAAGAAAGGUAGCCAGUCUUCCUGUGUGACCUGGAGGGGACAUUUGGAUAGGUUCCUUUUCCUCAGUCGCCCGCAACACAGACACUGAAUGGUUUUCACCGGUGAAUUUGGACAAGUCCCCAGCUGCUCCCGAGGCACCAGGAAAGUCAGCCAGAUGGACACACGCCUUCAGGUGAGCUUCUCAGGGAUAAUGACUCUUCUUGCUCUCGCCUAAGUUGAAUAAGCACCUUGUGCACUUUAAUCUCCUGUCGUGCCAUCAGGCUGACUGAAGACAGUGUUUUGAAAUCUCAGCCGUAAAGACAUCCCGCCAAAGUCUCAAUCUUGCCUUAACCAUGUUCCAGAGACUGAAUAAAAUGUUUGUGGGUGAAGUCAGUACUUCUUCCAACCAAGAACCAGAAUUUAGUGAGAAAGAAGAUGAUGAAUGGAUUCUUGUUGACUUCAUAGACGCUUGCGCUGGUCUCUCAGCAGCGGGAGCCAAAGCCGAAGCCAUCAGUGAAGAGUCACGUACUGAGCACCCUCCAGUCUUUUCCUGUUUACCUGCAUCUCUUGAGUGCUUGGCUGAUACAACUGAUUCCUGCUUGCUCCAGUUUGAGUCCUGUCCGAUGGAGGAGAGCUGGUUUAUCACCCCUCCCCCGUGUUUUACUGCAGGUGGAUUAACUACUCUCAAGGUGGAAACCAGUCCUAUGGAAAACCUUCUCAUUGAACAUCCCAGCAUGUCUGUCUAUGCCGUGCAUAGCUCCUGCCCUGGUAUUGGUGAGGCCAGCUGUGGGACUGAUGAAUGUCCUGACCCAAGUAGCCCCAGGGUGGAGUCUCAGGAUGAAAUGGGGCAGCACAUCCAUUGCUACGUUGCAGCUCUUGCAGCUCAUACAGCUUUUCUGGAACAACCGAAGAGCUUUCGCCCUUCCCAGUGGAUAAAAGAACAUAGUGAAAGACAGUCUUUGAACAGAAGUAGCCUUCGUCGCCAAAAUCUUACCAGGGAUUGCCACUCUAGGCAAGUCAAGCACAAUGGCUGGGCUGUCCAUCAGCCCUGCCCCCGUCAGUACAAUUACUAAGAAUUUCAAGAUUGGUUGGAUUCUCUUGGUUUGUGCAUAUGUGUGUGGACGUGUGUGGACGGACAGUGAAGAUGCUGUUUCUUUACAGCCAAUUGAUGACCAAUCACAUAGUUUUAUCGAUGUGUUUAGACACUAUCUUGAAAACCAGAUUUACAUGCUGUGUAUCACAUAAUGCCUUGCUUUUAACAUUUACGUUUUUGUAAAUUUUUUUCAGAGUAUUUUUGGAAACAUAUCAAUACAGUUACAGUGUUUGGUGUUUGGGGAUGUCUUUAAAUCUAUUAAGGUGUAUAGCAUUCUAAAGACAUUUCUUCCCAAGUAUGAGAAUAGGCAUCUUUCAAUUUCAUUUUAUUUUGUAUUACUUAAUCAAUAUUUUGAGUAAGCAAAAAUUUAUUCUCAGGGUCGGCCAUACACUUUAUUGACCAGUACUUGAUAAUCUUUUCUGUAUAUAACGAAUACAUUUUUACACACUAACAUGAGCAUUAACAGGUGAUAGUUGCCAUGGAUACAAUGGAAUUAUGGCUGAACUUUCUCUUGAAAGAAAACUUGAUAUAUUUCUGUGUGUAUAGGUUUGGUUUUUUGUUUGUUUGGUUUUUGUUUGUUUGGUUUUUUUUUUUUCCAGAUUAGCCAUGCAGUUCAUUUUGGAAUUCAGGUACAUAUUAAGUGUUAGCGAACAGUGCAUUCAGUAAUGCCGACGUGAGUGUGUGACGUGGUACAGAGACAUUGCAAGUAUCGUGGGACAAAAGCACUCGUUUCCCACGCAGAGGGAUUCAAUUAGAUCUGUGAAAUUGUAUUUGGAAAAAUGUAUGUCUACAACUAACCCGUUAGUCCACUGUUUAACGUGUUUGGAGUCUUUCCUGUCAGCUGUCAACUCAGAAGUACUCGUCCGGGCACUUUAGUGACUUCUUAUUGGUGACUGUCCAAGGCAAAAGAGGUAGGCUUCGUAUGGCUGAUACGGUGUUCCGUCCUCUGCCGUGGGGCCUGUCCUGCCGGUGGCAGGCAAGGCUGAGGAGGGACUCCUGGUGAUGUCUUUUCCCAGCAUCUAAAUGAAGAGUGACAGGUUGGCUCCCUUGAGUUUCCUUUUUUUGUUUUUUUUUUUAGCUGGGGCUUCAGGCAGAAUCUUUAACCACUUUGGCCUCUGUUUCCUCCACCAGCGGGGGAGUAGUAAUAUUUACCUCCCUCACAGUUGUCGUGAGGACUGUGUACUGAUGGGAAGGGGGCUGUCCAGAGCCGAACCUGGUGUGAAAUUCCAAGGGCCUCACUACUGAAUCUGAUGAUGGGGAUGGGGCCUGCGGCAGCUUUUCUGCCACAACUGUUCUUCAGAGUGUUGGUGCUAAUGAGGCCAGGGUUCAAGGCUCAAGUCACACAGAGGCCAGUUAACACAGAGAAAAAUCUAUUUCGUACCUCCAGCUGGUCACUUUAUUUUUUAGCAGUUGUGAUGGGUUUUGCUGAGCCAUCCACAUUCACCGGGUCCUUCUCUAACUAAAUUAAACAUACACAAUCCAAAGCACAUUCUACUGACAGAACAGUAGUAUCCCCUUUGUAAUCAAAUAGCUUAUUUUUCCAUCUCCUCUGCAACCCUAAUUAAAUAAAUACAUGUCUAUAUAAGGUUUUCAAGGGAAAAAGCCUAUAGUUAUGUGAAGUAUUAUAUUUUUCAGUAACCCUGUAACAGCUCGGUGCAGGGAACUAUGGGAGAUUUUUUUUUUUUUUUUUUUUUUUUUUAAUGAAGAGCUGUGCUCUUUUCUGCCUAGACGGGGAUGUUUGGAGUCAGAGGAGGUCAAAUAGCAUCGUGAGAUGGUGGUAGUAGGUUGUUCUUCCACUGGCCGUGAUGAAGUGCCAGGAAUGUCUCUUUAGAACAAAAGUCUACAUCCCCCUUCUUUCCUCAUUCCCUUUACUACCCCUUUAUUUAUUUGUUUUCUAAUUAGGGGCCAAGUCUGUAAAGUUUUGUCAAACUGAGCUAGAAGUUAUUUUGUUACUAUUUGUGUUUACGAGAGUUGAGAGGUUAAGGUAGAGUUUUCAUGAAGGUGUGUAUGUUUUACACCAUAUCUGUUAUGGGCCAUAUGUUGGUAACUUGAAAAUAGACCAGCUAAAUGUUUUCUGGAUGUAAGCCUCUCAAUACAUGGGGGUCUCUUUUUUCAUAUAUUACAUGCAAGUUGUUAGUACCUCACAAACUACCGAAGUUCAGCCAUGAGAAUUUGUUUGGCAGCAUGAACAGAUUCGUAUAGAAAAUAGCAAUGGUCUUUUUUUUUACUCUUAUUUUUUCAAAUUUCCUGAUACCUGAAAUACAUUUACAUCUCUCUCCGUUAUUGACUUUUUGUUUGCCUUAUAUCUAGACCAGUUUUUUAUGGUUUAUACCUGGAAAGCAAACACUUUCAGUCUUGGGGAUGUUUUCUUAGGCUAACCAUGCCAUCUGUCUAUCAGACUGUGGUUUCUGUAUCAAUAUCUAAGGUUUCUGCCUGAAAUUGGCACAUGUUAGAACUGAAGAAAGUGGUUACACAAUUCAUUCUUGAUCAUUAGAUGUUUGUUAGGCAUCUACUGUGUGCAAGACACAAGACCAAUAACAGAAUGAUGUUGACCUGUUAAGUAUUCUUUGAAACAUGGCCAAAAUGCAAUUUAUUAUAAGUUUAUUAUUUCUGCUGUUGUAAAUAUUAGUGGUUUACAUUGGGCUUUCGUGCAUAUUUCUUAAAGCUUCAAGAAGGCAGUGAGAAAUCAGACCCCUCUGAAUUUAGUGCUCUGACAGCUUCCAGACUGAUAUAUAGAAUGUUACUUGGAAAAAGUCUGGAAUAUGUGGUGCACACAAGCAGUGCUUCAGGAAUGAGCUUAGUUUUUAAAAAUGCACCAUGUUCCUCAAAGUUUGUGUUUUUGUUAAUAAAACAUUUUAUAAUGUGUUUUCUAUGUUUAUUACUUUUUCUUUCUCAACUAAUUAUGUAUUGCACUGUAAGUUGAACAUGAACCAUCCAUUAUUUAUCUUCUGUGGCAAUGCAUUUAUAUGGUUGGGUGGGUGGGGAAUUUUUUGCAGAAGGUGCACAGUGAUUGGAUUUUUGACUUUCUACUCCAGCGAGCUUUCUCUACAUUAAUUUCCUGUACAAUUUCCCAGUUCCCAGGCGGGCUGUUCCUGCUGACAUACCUUCUCUGUUGUGUCAGUACUUUGAUUCUAGUGAGAAGACAGUUGACUUAAAACUUGAAUGGGCCGUUCAGCAUCGCCUGUUGAUUUUACUUCUCCAAUCUGUGUAGUACACUGGUUUGUCAUCUUUACAUCUUCAUUGAAUCUGCGUGUCUUUGCUAUUUCUGUUCCUCCUCAAGGAAAGAUACUGUCUUUCUAUACUCUUAGUAGAAAGGAGCAAAAAAUAUCUUAUCGUCAUUUUCUUUGAAUUGGAAACAAAAGAAAGCAGAAAAAGAAAAAAGAAAGAAAAGAAAAUGAAGGAUUCCAACUGGAAGAUAGGCAUUUAAGUUUAAAUAGAUUAGUGGAGCAAGUUUAAGAGUUUCCAGGUAUUUUUGUUUUUAGAAUCGGUAAAAAGACCGCUCCUUGUAUGGAGAUACUAGCAUGUGUUUGUAAUGUUACCUUAAAAUUAUCUUUUAUUUUAUAAGGCCCAUUCAUACUGGUUAAAUUCUCUUAAAAGUUGGGCUACCCUCUCAGAUGGCUUCACUGCCAUCAGCCAUGUUGAUGCAUUAUAACUGGCAUCCUUAUCUACUUAUUUUAAUGCUUACAAUUUUAUAUGAAAUGCUCUAUUUAGAAAACCUACCUAAUACAGUGGUGUCAGCCUUGCCAUGUACCAAUUUCACUUGAAAUACGACACCAAUUACAGUGGUUUAGGGCGGAGAAAGAGGUACUAGAAAGCAUACAGAGAAGGACAUGGUUUCCUAUUUGCAACAGUAUCCUUUAUGUGGGAGGGGACGUUACUGUUCAAAGGAAGGCAGCUUAAGUGGAUGUUUUGUGUAUCAUUUAGAAUUUUCCUUACAACAUAUUUUUUAAUUGUAUAAUUAUUAAAUGCCCCAUUUAGCUCUGUAUUUGCCUGAAGUUUUAAUAUUUGUUUUCUAGGUGGACUUCUAAAAACCAAAUCAGGACUUGGGGAGUUCGAUGUGUGUGUAUCCAAGCUUGAUGUGUAUGAGUGGUUUUGCUUGCUUUUUGGUUGUUUUCCUCCAGAGGUUUGGAACUUUAAUCAAUAACUGUGUGUGUUAUUUUUUUUAAGUGGCUUGGGUUUGUUUCUCAAGUAUAAUUGUGAACACAUUGGCUUUUCCAGGGCAGGGCAUCAGUUACGGAGCCUGGAGAGGAUGGUGGAUUGUACUAUGUGCCUUCUUGAUGUAUUUCUGGACACACAUUUUUUUCAACUUGAAAACUCAAAAGGGACAUUUGGUUAGAUUAUAUACUGUACAUCAUCUAUGCAUAAAUGGCAGCUUGUUUUCUUGAGCCACUGUCUAAAUUGUUUUUCUGUUUUUAUAGAAAUUUUUAUACUGAUUGGUUUAUAGAGGGUCAGUUUUAUACACAGACUAAACAAUAUAGCACUUUGCCAAAAAUAAGUGUAGCAUUGCUUAAACAUUGUGUAUUAAUACCAAGUCUUUGUAUCUGGGUUCAGUGGUGCAUUUUGCACUACUUGAGUUGUGGUUUUUAAUCUGUCAAUAAAUAAAAUAUUCUUCAACUUCA